CUUGAUGCGAGUGAAAAUUCGGAAUCGGAGGAAGAGCGUUCGGUGUCGCCGCCGCCCCGUAAAAAAAACACCGGUUGCCAAAAACGCGAAUCUGAGGCCCACUCAGAAGCGGCCAAGGAUGCAGCACCACCAGCGAAGCGAGGUCGCGGCCGCCCACCAAAGGCAAAUAAGAAGCCGAAACCGGUGCCAGUGCCUGGCCGUGGCCGUGGUCGUCCAAAAAGAAUCCUUAGGCGAGGGAUGGGCAAUGAUGAUGUUACUCGUAUUAAUAAUUAUCGGACGAGCAAGGAAGAGAGGAGCGCAAGCUGACGAUGCAGGGAGGAUGAACGCUCUACCUUUCCUUCAACUAUCACACGCACGAGUAUCAGCAGUUAGUGUUAUUGACCGUAUUUUCCUAUUCGAUUCAUUUCCAUCAACAACUCACCACCAACCAGCGUUGUGCCUCUCUGUCAAUGUAUGUUACGUUUUCUCGCUUCCCCCGGACAGUUUUGGGGAAGGCCUAGACAAAGCGUCACUAGUUUGGGCGUACAAAUAGCAAAAAUGUUGCCGGUAGCGGCGAAAUUAAUCACCAAUUACACAUGUGUGCUGUUCCACACUAAGAAAAGAUAAAUCUGUUAAUUAGUUCAUGGCACCGGGUGAGGAGCUAGAUGGUAGAAUAUUGCGGGGAAAAACGUUUCGCUCUUACCGAUGGACGGCAAAUUCACCAUUGUUUUUUUUUCUUUCAUCAUAGCUACUGUUGUGCUCACAAGUAAUUGUUUUGUAGGGUAGAGACAAAUGCGAGGAUGCGUGUUUAUUGAAAUAGCCAGCGGAAGAAAACAAAAAACAAAAACACUAACAGCAGGGACACUCCACUAUUGUUUCAUUAAAUUACCUUCCACAUUGCGGAAAGUCCAUCGAAUGUCGCUCGCCACGUCUCACCGUCGAUUACACGUCCCCCUCUCACACUACAUCUAGCAGCAGCAGCAGCAGCCUUUUUCGAGUAAUCGACUUGUGAAAUGUACAAAUUGUAAUGGAACAGAUAGGCCAUAAAAUAAAUCGAUGAGCUCUCGAAAUUAAUCACCAACAACGGGUCCGCUUUUUGUUUCCGUCAAGAGCCCUCGAUGAUUUCAUUGCGUUAGGAAACUUAAGAAAACCGAUCUAUAUAUCUAAUUGUUCAAUCGAUCAAUAAUAAAGAUGAUGAAGCGUGUCUCACGAGAAGAACGCAAGUGUGAGAAGGAUUGUUAUCGUGUGUCCGGGAACAAGGGCCAUUUUUUUAGACAAUCAUAAUUAUGCCUAUUUGAUGAGGGCAAUUUUCAUCAAGAUACAUAUCCAUACACCACCGCCAAACAAAACCAUGCGUGUAAUGUAACAUUACUUUUUUUUUAAUUUUUGAACCAGAGAUUCUACAUGGUUGAGGCGAAAUUUAAAAUAUGAGAAAGCGUAAUUAUUUAGCAAAGUUUAUCCGUCUAUACAGGUACAGAGCAAUGAAAAUUAUAAUCAGAAUCUUGAUUCGUGAAAUGAAAAAAUCGAACCAAAAUUAUGGCCAUAAUGAGCUGAUGAUUCUCAUUUUCCGAGGGCAAAGAAGUAAAACUCAAGAGAAAAUACAUAACAUUAAACUUUGAUACUCUCUCCGGAAAUGGUACACCAAUACAAUCGAAGAGGAAACAAAUACACAUACUAGCACACACAUCCGCGAAGAAGACUAGAGGUACCGGCAAAGGAUACUAGGAUAUGCGUGCGGCACGGUUUAUGAGUGUAUUGCACGAUGAAAACUGUUUGUUUGGCGGGCGCGCUCGUGCGUGUGUGUGUGUGUGUGUGUGUGGCUGUGCUGUGAUGUGAUAUAGGCAGCAUUGUUGUUUUCCAUUGAGGCGAACUUGACCGCGUGAAAAGCGACGUGAAGGUGGAGGGUUUUUUAUGCUCCAAAGCCAUACUACUCACUCACCGUUCGUGUGUAGGCGAGACUGUUGGUUGGUGGCGGCUGCUACGAAUUUCGAUUACACAUUUAGUGAAAUAAAAACCAAACAUAGAGUGAGCAAGAGGAGAGGAGGCUUUCGUGGUACGGGAUACGGUUUUAGCGAGAAAUAGCUCAGGAAGGACGACACAAUGUCUGAUGCCGAGGUCGUUGAACCGAAGAAGGGUCGUGGACGCCCACCGAACCCUGACAAGAAUAGUGUGGCGCCGAAAAAGAGGGCCCGUGCCCCUUCGCCGAAGGAGUCAAAGCUGGCCGAGGAGCGCGAAAAGGAGAAAACCGUCGCGUCGGACGAUGGCGAAGAACCGUCCCCGAAGCGGGGCCGCGGCAGACCGAAAGGAACCACCAAGAAGUCGGCAAAAGCGGCCAAGAAAGCUCCGGCAGCACCGGUCGGCCGAGGCCGGGGCCGGGGUCGAAAGAAGCCGGUCAAAGAGGAAUCCUCCGAAGAGGAGGAUGACGACGACGACGACGAGGAUGACGAGCCGGAGGAUAGCGAGGGCAAUGAGGAAAAUUAUGAAAACGAAGAGUCCGAUUCGUAAUUUGCGUAAAGCAUACCACUGCCAUACAACUUUCCUUUUUGCGUCCGGUCGACGAGAGCGUUUAAUUGCCCUGAUUGCCGCGAACCAUUUUCCGUGCCCGCACACAUGUACCCCGUGUGGCCAAUGUAAAAGUGUGGGGCGCGAAUCCUUGGAGCGGAGCACAUUUGGACGAAAUUAAACCAAGAUCGAGAUAUCCUUCCCACUCUAACUCAACAGAACAUUUUACGAAUCGUACGAAUCGUGUUGAAAUAAACUAAAAUAAACAGCUACAACACGUGACCAACAAGUCAAGUCGUACGUA